AAGCAGCUUUCGCGCGUGCGCAUUACGGAAGCAGCUCGCAUCGUCAGACUCAUUUUCUCCUUUCUGUGACAUUUCCUCAUCAAAAUGGAUCCACAGACGUUUAUGGACAUCGCGACGAAAGUCACGAAGUUGAAGAUGUAUCCAUAUUUCGAUAUAGCUCAUUACACGCUGAUGUGCAUGUCAGUUAGAGAUGAUUUACCACAGAAUCAACCGGCAGGCACACAGCCGUUCUAUAGACGACAUCCAUUGUCAACAUGGUUAUCAAGCAUGUUGUUAUGUUUCGCAGGAAGUAUUAUUGCCAAUAUUUUACUGGGGGAGCCAGCUAUCACACCAUUCAAGGAUCAUAGAAGUGUGCUUACAGCCACUGCAGUAUGGUACCUUGUGUUUUAUUCACCGUUUGAUUUGGUGUAUAAGCUGGCUAGGCUGCUUCCGUUCAAGAUGGUCAUCUGUGGUUUUAAGGAGGUACAGAGAGCGAGCAAGAUUUACGCGGCUGUCAAUCACACUGCCAAGCUUUACCCUAAUGCUUAUCUAAUCAUAGUCUUGAUAGGAACUAUAAAAGGAGCUGGUAGUUACUUGAUGAAGAACUUUGAGAGAUUGAUUCGUGGUGUAUGGGUGCCAGGGACCAACGAAAUUCUUCAACCAACUUUCGCAACGAAGGCUUGUCUGGUGGCAUCUAUCGUGUUUCUAUUGGAGCGGCUAAACUACAUUCAAGCGCCCCACCCUCUCAUUUAUUUCGGAGUUGUAAUUUUCUUUGUGUACUUCAAGCUGUCAGCAUUACUACUUGGAAUUCAUGAUCCAUUUGCGCCAUUUGAGAACUUGUUUUGUGCCAUAUUUAUGGGCGGAAUGUGGGACGCUUUAAGACGCGCAGUUGUACGCGAGCAGAAGCCUCAAGACGAGCGAGACAGGAACGAUAUGCCAAUGAAGAGUAAAGAGGAUAAGAAGAAAGAUUAAGAAGCUGAAGUUGUAUAUAAUCAAAUAAGGUUGCAUUAGCAUUUUUUUCUAAAUCACCGAAAAGAAUGAAUUUGUAAAUUUAGUUUAAAAAGAGCUUUACAUCUUGUUAGCUCAUCUGAUUUUUUGAAAAAAAAUGAUGAGUUAUUGUCAUCACUUGAGCGGUUGUCGGCGUCGGCGUCGGCGUCGGCGUUGCCUGGUUAAGUUUUAUGUUUAGGUCAGCUUUUCUCCUAAACUAUCAAAGCUAUUGCUUUGAAACUUGGAAUACUUGUUCACCAUCAUAAGCUGACCCUGUAUAGCAAGAAACAUAACUCCAUCUUGCUUUUUGCAAGAUUUAUGGCCCCUUUUGUACUUAGAAAAUAUCAGAUUUCUUGGUUAAGUUUUAUUUUUAGGUCAACUUUUCUCCUAAACUAUCAAAGCUAUUGCUUUGAAACUUGGAAUACUUGUUCACCAUCAUAAGCAGACCCUGUACAUCAAGAACCAUAACUCCAUCUUGCUUUUUGCAAGAAUUAUUGCCCCUUUUGGACUUAGAAAAUCAGUUUUCUUGGUUAAGUUUUAUGUUUAGGUCAGCUUUUAUCCUAAACUAUCAAAGCUGUUGCUUUAAAACUUGCAACACUUGUUCACCAUCAUCAGCUGACCCUGUACAGCAAGAAACAUAACUCCAUCCUGCUUUUUGCAAGAUUUAUGGCCCCUUUUUGACUUAGAAAAUAUCAGAUUUCUUGGUUAAGUUUUAUGUUUAGGUCAACUUUUUCUCUUAAACUAUCAAAGCUAUUGCUUUGAAACUUGCAACACUUGUUCACCAUCAUAAGCUGACCCUGUAUAGCAAGCAACAUAACUCCAUCCUGCUUUUUGCAAUAAUUAUUGCCCCUUUUGGACUUAGAAAAUCAUUUUCUUGGUUGAGUAUUAUGUUUAAGUCGACUUUUCUCAUAAACUAUCAAAGCUAUUGCUUUAAAACUUGCAACAGUUUUUCACCAUCAUAAGUGGACACUGUACAUCAAGAAACAUAAUUCUAUCCUGCUUUUUGCAAGAAUGAUGGCCCUUUUUAGACUUAGAAAAUCGUGUUUAGGACAAUAUUUCUAUUACACAAAAAAAAUCAGAUGAGCGUCAGCACCCGCAAGGCGGUGCUCUUGUGUUAGCAUUAUAUCUCUGACAGAAUUAUUCGGAAAAAAAGAGUUGAGAUUAAUAGAGCUGGGAACUGUAAUUUGAAAUUAACUGUUUGGCACUAUCGGAUCAUUGUAUGUUUUUCCAUGUGACAGCCCUUAAAGUUAAGAGAAAUACUGAGAUAAAAUUUAGGAUUGAUAUUAUAAUACUUUUAUAGCUCCUUUUUGGUUAGUGGAAGCAAAUUUACCCCAUUCUGUUCUAAAACAAAUACCAAUGCAUGGAAAACUAGUGGAGUCAUUUUGUAUGUUAGAGAAAAUCCUGGCUACCUCUCUAGUUAGUGGAUCCACUUCUGUCAAAAGUUCCUUGAUCUGCUGGUAAGACAGACAGUUAUCAUUAGCACAAUGAUCUAGCUUGGUAGAGCACACUGAGGGGACGACAUUGACUUUUGUUUGAAAAAUUAAAAAGAAAAAAAUAUGCAAAGGUAGAAUAUUCCAUAAACCCCAUGACAAGGUAUUUCUGCUGAUGGCUAUGUCCUUGUACCAAAUGAUCAUUAAAUUUAACUAUUAUCAGCAAUAUAUUUUUUGAUUUUUCACAAUUGUUUGUAUAGACUUUUGGUUGUUUCUCCAUUUAAGGUGAGAGCUAUGUAGAUAUUGAAAGAUUGCAAGAUAUUUUCAUGCUAAUUGCAUUCAUGUAAUAUUUUUGAGAUUUUUAGACCUGGAGAUUUUCAGUGUUCAUGUGUCAAAGCUAUCAUAUGUGUAUAAACUACGGUUGUGUAUAGAUUUACUCCCAAAAUUUUCAAAUUUUGGAAAUAGUUGAAUCUGCUGUUGUCAGUAAGAGAUACUAUCGACAUGUUUGAUAAUGCAGGCCUGUAUUUAAUACUCAGCUCAUUGGUUAGAAUACUUGCAUGUUCUUGACAAAUCAGAAAUGUUUUCUAUAUGUUUUCGUGCCAAAAUUUUAUGUUACAUUUUCAAAUAAAAGCUUUCACUCAAUAUACAAGUAAUUACACUGGAAAGAAAAGAAGAGAUAGUUCAAAGAUAUUUCAUUCAGUUAGAUGAAAUUUCAUUGAAGAGCUUGCAUCCCAUGUUUAAGAACUGCUUAUAGAAAAAGUGCAGAUUUGUGUUAUGUAGCAUCUAUAAUUACUGCAGUCAAAUAAUAUUUCAUCUUGUUUGUGUACAAACAUCUGCAUAAAAAUUAUAUUAAAAAAUCUAUGGGAAAAAAAGAAUUGACAAAAGGAGACAGAAGUGUUAUAUAAUUUUAGAGUAGAGUGGGGUUGUUUUUUUGUAUUUUGAACAAUAUUUUUUGGAGACAAUCUUUACAAGACAUUUUGCUAAAUGAAGUGGUUUUGUCAAAUGUUUUUAGAGCUACAACUUCUUUAUUUUACUGUGGGUACAAUGGUUAUCUGAUGGAAAAUUGUCAUUGUUCACUCAAGUUGAUUUUCUUUAUAGCAAAUCAUGUUUUGCUUUUACAAUCGUGCUGACUGGAUGUUGCGUGCAUUGUUCCCUGGAGGCCUAAAUUAUAUUUUUUUUCACCAAAUCAGUUUUGCUAGACUAACUUUUGUUGGCAGCAAACUCGUUCA